AUGAUGUGGAAACACAUCUGCUCAGCCCUCACCGCACUCGUGGUAGGAUGGCCAUGGAGCGCUGAGCAUCUGGUGGACCUGGGGACCUUGGAGGACACGGACAACGUGACCGAGGAAGACCUGGGAGUGCCGCUGGAUGAUGAGGCCCACCAGGAGGGGAUCUUUUGGUGGACCGAAGGCGCCAUUUGGGGCUUUUGGAAGCCUGCUGGCAGCCUGGUCUCGAACGUCUCUUGGUUCGGGACGCCUGACCGACCUGGCAGAUUACGUGUGGAUGGAGGGUGGGCCGGCUAUUUCAUCGAUGGGAUUGGCGUGCAGGCCUUUGGAGCUUGGUGGCCCUGGACGGCUUGCAUCAUCAUGGCGACGUUCAACACUGGACUACUGGGCAUCCUGACCUACAGCAUCCACACGCUGACAGGACCAUGUCGGGCGAUCGGACGAGGAGUUCAAGCUCUUUGUGGAGUAUGCUGUUGCCGGCGCCGUGAUGGGCUUGAAGCACACCUACCGAGCGCACGGCCUCCGAUGGUGGACAUUGAAUGGCAUGGACCGAAGACUGGUUGGCCCACGGAUACCCGCUACCUGCAACAGCGAUUGAAGGGUAGGGGGAGCAGGAGGCGCCUGAAUGAUGUUGUGAUUCGAAGAGGAGGUCAUGUAGCCCGCUUGCAACAAGAAGAAAGCCUCCUCAAGCGAAUCGACAGCGAUGGGCUCAGGGUCAAAUUCAGUGGAGUGUCGAGCUGCACCUCGAGACAGUUUCGUCGUGAACUGGAGGAGGCAGGCGAGAUUCAUCUUUGCAGGCAGCUUGAAUGCCGAGCAGAGCACACCCUUCACAUCCAGGAGUUCGCUGGCAUCGAUCACGAAGCGUUGCUGGACUUGCACCGUUAUGCCCAUGGUUCACCGCGCUGGCUACUGGGGCUAUGUGGUCGAGGAGUCUGGCGCGUGAUUGGCUUCGUUGCUCGUGGGGCCCGCUGCUGUUUCCGGCUUUGUUUUGUGAAAAGGGUGAGCCGAGUGAUAAGAGAUGAGGAGGGCCGUGAGCGUUUGUUGGACCCUGACUCCGAAUCCGAGGUGGAGGGUGAUGAGGCAUCAUGUCAAGGAGUGAGGAUAGGCCUUGUGGUUGAUGGAGAGAUGAGGCCUCUAGCUCCAGACGGCUGCAACGACCUGGCUACCCAGGAGGAGACGACCCUCUUGGACGAGGACGUUGAGGUCUCAGAUGUCAGGCCACCCGGACCUGGGCAACUGGUUCGAGUUCCUCUAUGUGCACAUCAUCGCCAGGUCUACCAAAGCGCCUCAGCUAAAAGAAAGUGUGGCGUGCUCACUUGUCACAAGGCUUCCAAAGGUGCACGGCAUGGUGUCCCACUUUGCUAUGAUCAUCUAUGUGAACAAGGAGGAGCAGGUGCGAGAAAGGAUAGCCCACACCCCAAUGGGAUGUUGCAGGGUUUUCGUCGUCGCUUCACACGCAGAGCACAGAGCCGGAGCCGCAGUCCAGCGUUCGAAUGUCAGCAAGCUAGCGUGCCCCCAGCUGCAGCAGAAGAAGGACCAUCACAACAUGCUAAGAAGGAGAGUGGCAUGGCACCAGCCCGGUCAAGCUCAGUGGACUUGGGGAAGGUGAUGAUUCCAUCACCACCACGAGGUGGCUUGGAGCAGGAGGACGUCAUGGGCAAGCCUGUAUGGUUGAAGCUGAAGCUGAACUAUGUCAACGACCAGUCAGACUGGAUCAUGUGCAUGGGAGAGCUAUGCGGAUAUACACCAGGUGGAGUUCGUGGAGAUCGAAAGCUAGAGGUCUUCGUGAAGUACCUAGACAACACCUUGGUCAUCGACCCAAAGUACCUCGAGGACAUGAUGGAUGCGAAGGGCAUUGAAGACUUGGACCCAACGAGGGCGCAGCUCUUGGUGAAGGAGGUGCCACCCGAUGCAGAAUGCCUUGGACUGGACAUCAAGGGGUACCUGAUUCCAGAGAUCCUCAUGCAACGCCUCGCAGCUUGGGAGGGCCGCACUGUUGCAGGUGGGAGGCGCCUGAACGAUUCGCAGUUGAAGGAGGUGAAGAAGAACUUGGCAAGCCUGGUGAGGAAGCACAGUGCCGGCUAUGUUAAAGGGGAGCUUUGGCCUAGCUGGCCAGCGGAAGCCGAACUGGGAAUCGACAAGCAAGUUCGUGGGCGCGAUGAUGACCACCAAAGGGAGAAUCUGGCACCAAGAACAAGAUCGCGGAGCAGAAGCCAUAGCCUUGCCCGAGCGAUGAGAGAGGAGGACGAUUUCAGGAGCAAGCUGGACCGAGACACAGCGCUUGAUGGUGACACUGAGGAGAUGACAGGCGAGGGCAUCGUUGAGGCCUACAUGACCGCCGUCAACUCCGGGCAGACGCAAAAGGAGGCGAUCGACACGAUCCAGAUGAUCUUUGAGGUGGACAUGCAGACCAUCGGCAGCACGAUGCGGACCUACAUCAGGAAGAACUGUGGCAAGCAGAACGAGCAGGUGGAGGUGGCCAUCAAGAUCCUUAAGGGGAUGAGCGAACAGCAGAGCGCAAGAAGCGCCAGAGAAGAUGGAGCUUACCAUGAAGCUCGUGCAGAACAACCGAAACCACAGGAGAAACGGAACCCUAGCACCCCGGACAAGCUCUUCCCGGCUCACUAUGGCGAGAAGAAGGAGGAAGGUAGCCUCAUUCGCCCCGCAGAGGAGACCGGCAAGUACAAUCCACUGACAGCCAAUGACAGCAUCGUGGGGCAGCUAUUCGGCAUGGGUGGCAGGGUUGAGGAAGUGUCAACACGAGCCGGAGCUGGAGGCGACGAAGAGGAGACCCACAUGAGCGCUCGAGUGGUACAUGCACUCGAAGGAAUCCGGAAAGCCACGGAGGGCGACAAGAAGGGCAACCCCGGCACUCGGAGUGCCAUCGGGUCAGAAGAGAGCCUUGACGUCUAUUUGGCCCGAGGUUGCAACACCUUGACUGUGGAGGUAUGCCCCGACGUCACCGGCAAGGAGCUCUUCGACGCCCUGAAAAGAGCGUGUUCACACGCUAAGGCCAAGCUGCAGCAGAUCGAGUGGCCUUGCUUGGUCACGAACGGGAUUGCUUACGGGCUAGCAGCGAUGCAGCAUGGUGGGAAGGAUCAUUCGACGCUCGCACCUUGGCAGCUCAGCGUCGCCCAUGCCGUGACUGCAAAACCACGGGACUUCGAUCAGUAUGAGGCACCGAAGGACGACAAGAUCGAGCCUAAACCCCGGUACCCAACUCACUUUGCCACCUGGUUGAAGCAGGCGAGGAAUGAGAUCAAGAUGAUCGGCUCAGUCAUCGGCCUGGAGCACAAGAAGGAGCGCAUCAAGGCCCUUGAGCAGAUCGAGAAGGCCCACGAGCAGGAUUCGGACGUCUGGCCUGAGAGCUAUUGCUACAGCUUGUGGGAGGAGCUUAAGGCAGCGUGGGUGGAGGAGCUUCGAGAGAGUCGAAGACAACUCUGCAGGAUCCUGAACACCGACAAUCCCCGCAAGGAGGACCUGAAGUUCGUUGCCUUGGCACCAGACAGCGGCUUCCAUUUCCCAAGGACCUUUGACCUAGCACAUCCUGAAGGCUAUUACCAGCAGGUAUGCGUGCCUAGACAGGCGCGGGCGCUGAAGGGCAUCAUCUAUGGCCAGCUGCACCACAAACGCCAAGCACCAAAAGUCGGAGGAGAUCAUGCCCCGGGUGAAGGAGAACCUCAUGGCGGAGAAGCUGGCGGAGAGGAAGAUCGCGUUGGUCGAGGCCGCGAGCGUGGCAGCGACAAGAACGACAGGAAGAAGCGGGAGAAGGAGAAGGACGAGAGGAAGGACGAGAAGGUGAAGGAUGGCGCUGGACAGAAGCAAGGGUGGCUGCCCCCGGAGGAGUAUGAGGACAUCCAGUACACCCAACUUGAGGAUGAGCUCAGGGAGCUGACUCGUGGUCCUGAUGCAGAUUGGCUGAAAGACCCGUCAUCAAGGCCAGGAGCAGAACCUCACACAGUGUGGAGCAGGCGAGUCGAACAUCCGGAGGCCCAGAAACGCUUGAGGAUCCUUGAGGAGCUGGAGAAAGGCGGUGCAUUCGCGAGGCUCGCUGGCUGGUCAAGUUACCUUCAAUCUCAUGUAAGAGGUCGGAUGCUCAACGCCAUCAUCGAGAAGCAGGAGAUGACAAUUGACGAGGUGCUCUUGGAAGCGACCGAGAAGGGAUGCCCUGAGUUAGCCCAGGAGGCGGAGAAGGUCUUGGGAGAAGAGCGAUCCGUUGGCUGGGUAGAUGAGGAGCGCCAAGCAUGGGUCAGCCCCACAGUCUGGCACAAAGAAAAGGGGUACGGCGAAGGCAAAUUCGAGUUCCAAUGCGGACCAGAAAGGCGCUGCUGGCGCUAUCUGGACUACAAAGACCGGCUACCAGUACCUGAUGAGCUAGCAAGUGCACUUGGUUUGCAGCCUGGAGAUGAAGAGGAACGACAAUGUCUGGUGCUACAUCCCGCAGCUGGCAUCCUGCUUUGGGGAGGAGAUUGGGACCCGGAGCGCGUGCCAUCGCUGGAGGAGGUGAGGCUGAAGGCACAAUCUUUCCGGGCUGGACUAUGGGAUGAAGCGGCUAAAGCCAUCGGUGAGCUUGGAGACCCAGCACCCUGGAUAGGAGCACGCGAGGCGGAGGUCCGAGGCAGUGAGAACAACAUCAUUCCUUUCCUGAUCCAUGGGGGCCACAUUAGAUUGCUCGUGCCCAUCGAGAAGGAUGAGCCGGUGAAGGUGGCGGCGGAGCUGACUCUGAGUGGACAAUCCGACCGUGAAUGGCCUUGUGAGGGGUGGCGGGAGUUUCUCGCAAAUGAAGAUCCGGCAGCGCCUCUUGUACCUGGCAAGAGACCCAAAUGCCCGCGUUGUCAAGACAACAACCCAAAACAGGGAAAGGCAGCGCCUCAAGUCCCAUGGAGCUUCAAUGAACACCCAGUCGACACGCAGGAGCUGAUUCUGAUGGGGGCACACUCCCCAUUGAAGCACAGGCCCGCUUUCGCAUAUGGCAUCAGGGUGCAGGAGGUCUUUGCAGGCUCUGGAUCUUGGACCAAAGCUAUGAUGGAAGCAGAACUGGCCGCCAACGAGCCCAUCGAGCUCUUCAGUGACCCCCUACAGAAGAAAGGACGUCGCGAGCAGUUCGAUCUCAAGGACGAGAAAGUGGCAAACUUCUACCUGCAGGCGACGAUGGAGCUCCCAGGACCAUCAGCAGCAAACGUUUGGGAAUUUGGAACCCCUUGCACCAGUUAUUGCGACUUCAACAUCCUCAACGGGGGAACUCGAAGCUUCAGUUCACCCGAAGGAGGUCCGCACCCCACGGCAAGCGAGCAAGAGGGCAACUAUUUCUGUGACCUCACCUGCCGGAUGUGCGAGUCACUUUACCACCACGACAAGGAGUUCAUCCUGGAGUCUUCGAUGCCAUCCGGAAGAUACCCAAAAAUUUGGGAUCAGCCUGCCAUUCAGCGCUUGCAGCAGUCUACAGGAGCACUCAUUGUGCCGACCCACUUGUGCGAAUGGGGCUCAGCGCCGACUGACCGGCCAGAGAUGAGGUAUAAGAAGGGUCAGUGGAACCUUGUGUCCCCUGGCUUGUACCUGCAUGCACUGCUCCUUUCUCGUCGUUGCCAAGGGCAGCACAGACACAUGGACGUGAAAGGUGAGUCUGACCUACCUGGAGUUCCCCGCACUCGAAGAGCACAGGUGUAUCCAGCGAGACUAUGCAAAGGUUGGGCAUUGGUGGUGCAAGCGGCUUAUGCAGGAUGGGACACCAUUCAGGUGGCACAGGCACUGGAGGUGAUUCAGGAGAGUGAUGGCCGAGAAGGGGAGAUCCCACACAAAGCAGGGGCAAAUAGACACCAACAUGCUGGACAGUCUGACCCCUCACAUCAAGCGGCUCCCUCACAUUCCACGGCAGCCUUCUCAUUGUCCGAACGAUGUGGAAGUGCAGAGAUCGAUGAGUUUCAGGAAGGGUUUGGUCUUCUUCGUGGACACCAUUGUGGCAGCAUCGGCGAGGGUGAGUUCAGCCACGGCAUCCCUAUCCCGGAGGACCCACUGGAGCCUGAAGGUGAAGAAGAGGAAGAGGAGGGGGCCACCAGUGAUGAAGAUAGGCGUAUGAACCCUCGUGAUGAGGCCAGAGUCAUGGCACGGCUCGUUCCUAGAGAAGUCAGUCCAGGAGAUGUGGCGGAACCAGUACGCCCAUACGAAGGGAACAUCAACAUCUUCGGGCCACCACGACCACUCGAAGGGCUCGACGGACGCUCUGAGGAUUGGUGGGACCUUCAAGAGGACAACCUAUUCCUGGUACGCCACCACGUGAUGCCUCGCACCCACUUGUUUGGAUCGCACUAUGUCGACUGGACCGACUGCCCGGUUUCGGACCACCUCAUUAGGAGUGAUCGCAGGACAUGGAUGUACCCGCAGCGGAGGGAACUGUCGGAGAUCGCCCCGCACGAGAGAGUCUUCCUGGACAACUGGAGGGUGGACCUGGCGAGGCUUCGUGACAUCCCCGACUCGAUCGAUGCGGAGUACGCCGACUGGACUGGAGCAACCACCUUCUACCUGUACGAUCCUUUGAUCAGGCCAGAGCUUGGACCACACUUUGAGCGUGGACAAGAAGAAGGAGGCGAGCCCGAUAGCCCGGCGCCCGAACCUGAAAGUGAGCUGCGGCCUACAUAUCCGGAGGGAAGAGACUACCAACCGGUCUUUCACCCGCCCAGGGAAUUCCCAGUGCCAACGCGGGAGCAGGUUGCGGACGCGAGACGGUACUACCCUGGAGGAGGUGUUUGGGAUCCCUGGAAUGGAGGACGCAUUGAGGGUGAUGACGCAGAGCAGGCGGAGGAGCAGCCGGGCAGCUCAUCGGACCGGAGACGACGGUCAAGGUCGAGGUCAAGGGGACGCGGGCCAGAUGCUGAUGACGGAGCAGAAGAAAGACGGGUGGGUUACCUAUCAGCAUCCUGCAUUCUUGAGGCCGAAGAGACGGAGGGCAAUCGCUGGAUGAUGCGGGAGACCAUCGAGGACGAGUACCACGUGGGAGCGCCUGUCUACUCCGAGAAGGGCCAGAGUGUCAAGGAGGAGGUUCUGGACAAGGCCCUUUGCUAUGCGCACCACUGCAGGGAGCACCCCAAGUACGAGCCCAAUGUGAUCAAGCAGGCCGUCGAAUUGGGCGAUGACCUGUUGAGGACCGCUGGGACACUCGAAGAAGCCAUGCGAGGUCUGAGGGCAGCAAGAAGGCAAGUGAUUGGGGUCCCAACGAUUGGUGCCACUUCCGAAGAGGUCCUGAGAUGCUUGGAAUCUGACCAUGCACAGUACCUUAAAGCGGCCAACAGGGAUGGAGACACCGCGGACUUCGGCAGUGCUCUGCCCGGUGAAUUGGUGGGAGUCGAGGGCAGGGUGAAGCUGGUUUACGGUGGCCUCCCUUUCGGUUGGUGUGGCGCCCCGGGAGAAUACAUGGCGUUCGCCCUCGCUGGUCGAGCCUACCAUGAGAGCUUUAAGCCGGAGAUGGAAGGCGUCAAUGGACCCACCCCGUUCUCUUCUGAGUGGCUAAUGGAUGACAGCGUGAUCGUGGAGCCUCUGAUGGGGGUGAGGCCGUGGCAAGCAGUUGACGCGUUGGGCCACUCCAUCGAGAAGAUCUGGGGCAAGGCGGCGUUGAACCUCGACAAGCAGAUUGAGGAGGGGACACCUGCGUCCGAGCAGAUCGUGUGGGGGCUCUAUAUGAAUGUGGAGAACAUGACCAUCAGGCUGCCUGAACCGAAAGCCUUGAAGAUGCGUUACCUGUUGGCCUUGCCGGAACUGCAGUAUGGGGUGCGCCAGGUGCGGCUGAAGGUCGCUCAAGAGCUGCGCGGGCUCAGUCAGUAUGCGGCAAUCACCAUACCCCCUUUGCGGACGGAGCUCGGCACCUUGGAUCUUUUCCUAUGUCCAAGCAAGUGCGUGGGGGGCUACAUCCAGCCGAAUGUCAAGGAUGAAAACGCCUCAGAGUCAGCGUGGCGCUGUUGGGAUGAGACGUUGGCGCUCCUACGGCUUUGGUUUGAGACCCCCUAUAUGAGGGCAGCUUCGAAUCGCAUGAGCAGCAGGCUUCGAUGGGUGGGUGGAGAUGCAACUCCAGACGUGGCAGGCGCACUUGACUGGAAGGGCAAGCGCUACAUGAGGGAGGAUGCCAAGGUGAUGCUCCAUGCAUUAGGUAGGGUGCCCGAGCUUGAGGAAGAGCCCAGCAUGAAAAUAGCACUUGCAGAGCUUCUUUGCUUCGUGGGGCUGGCCGCAGCAGAGAGCAGCUCUUGGCAUGGGGAGAUAAUCGCCUAUGCCACGGACAACCAGAACGUCAGGUCGUGGUUGACCAAGCGGCAGUCUAGAUGCACGGUGGCACGACACAUCCUCCGGGUCUUGGGAAUGCUCGAGGUGCGAUUCCAGUUCAAGACAUUGGCGUUCUACAUCAGGACCUAUCACAACAUCACAGCGGACUGGCUGAGCCGAGAGACGAAGAAGGUCGUGGAGGACAAGUUGAAGCUCGAAGGUUGGACGAAAGUCGAGGCGCAGGAGAAAUGGGAGUCCUACAUCGAGGAGUCCGUGAACGGCAUCUUCAGAUGGCCUGGAGGGGCAUCGCUGGGAACUCUGAGGCAGGAGGGGGAGCGCCCCUCUCAACCUUAUCGUCCAGUGGUGGCAAAGGGAAACGCUAUCGAGUUGGGCAGGGGGCAUCUGCCAUGGGCGAUAGCGUGGUCAUGUUUGGGAGGCCGUGUUUGUCGACUACCGGGCAACCGAGAUCAAUGUGAAGCAGCGAUUGAGGGCUCCAGCCUGAAGGGGACAGAAUGCCUACAGUCGGAGGAGGACCUCACUUGGGUUUUCGCCUCGAUUGCCGAGGAUAGCUGGGGGGGAACGCGUUCCUAUGUCAGACAGUUUGUCAAGGAGCAUCGUCCCUCGAAUGCGCUGAUCGACCUGGCGAGGGAAGGCCCAGUUCGUGAAAUGCAGGCGGACUUUAAGAAGCUUGACUAUGUGGUGAAUGUCAACGAGUACCUGACCACCCACUUUGGGGACCCCGUGGCCAAGCGCAAGUUCGUCCUGGUUGCUCAUCGAGGCUCACUGGCCAAUGAUGCGACCUUCCCGGAUGAAGCUCCUCGGAGCGCCGCAGAACCUGCGAGCAUCAAGCGCGCCCUGGACUCGGCAGCUGGAGCGGUGAGGCAGGAAUGGUUGGCCAGCGACGUUGAGGUGACGCUGAACAACAAGAUUUCUACUUCUGGGGACCGCAUGCUGCCAUGGCCUGCUGGCCAUUACAAGGAAGGGGACAAGAAAGAGCUCCUCUACGACAUCCGGGGCCCCGCAUUAACUUGCAGGAAAGGGAGGUCUAUGGUUGUCCUUGACCAUCGUGGUGAGGCGGUCCAGGCGCGAGCAAUCAGUGCAGAAGAGGAAUGGCUCCUGAAUGGUGGGCGCCUUGAGGAGCUGCAUCUGCUUCGCGAAGCCGGAGCAAAGGUGAGCUUCUUCAAGAAGGACGCAGCCAUGAAGUUUCCGCAGCAAAGCGCCCAUCACCUACUGUCCUGGUACGAACGCUGGCGCCAGGGAAUCAAUGAGGGACCUGAGGCUGGAGGGAGAGUUGGAGUUUGUCGCGACCCUGAUCGAGUCCAUGCUGACGAACAAGUGCGUGCUUGGAUGCGAGCUUGGCAGGGAGACAACCACAACCCCAGGGCCAACUACGAGAGAUGGCUUGCCGCCAAGAAGGCCGACUUAGAGGGUGACCAGAAGGUCGGAGGGAGGAGACAAACCACCAAGAGGGCGAAGUCAGGGCCUCCGGACCGAUUGGUCCUCCCAAGCGCGAUUGGUCGUGGUCGAGAACGCCUACAGCUUGAUGCUAAUCGUGAGCUAAGGCGAGAUCAAGCAUGGCUCGACGCCUUGGCUGCGGAGGCGGUGAUGUCCAAGCUCUCGGAGGGCACGCGGGCUGGCUACGAGGUUGGCUGGAAGCAAUGGUGCUUGUGGCGCCGGAUGGGAAGAAAGGAUGUGUACCUCACCGGCGAGAGCAAAGAGGACCGCAAGAUCGAUGAAGAUGAACUCCUUCGAUUCAUGACCUACUUGGCGCACGUCAUGGGCAGGACUGAGGGGACCAUCAAGCAGAGGCUGUUCGCCAUUAAGAUGGGCCAUCUGGUGGCAGGGCAUGAAGAUCCCACAUUGCACAAGGUGCGAAUCUGGGCAGCUCUCAACGGCUACAAGCGGUGGCAGCCCGAGACAAAGCGGAAGUACCCAGUACUGCCGGCUAUGCUGCUGUGGAUCAAAAAGAAUUUGAGUACCAGCGAGACCCUGAGCAGAGUUGACCAGGCGAUCCUUUGGGCUGCGAUUAUGGUGGGAUUCUUCUUCUUGCUGCGAGCCUCGGAGUUCUUGGUCACUAUGGGGCGAUCAUGGGGGACAUCGAGGACCUUGAAGGGCAAUGACAUCGAGGCACGAAGGGACAACCUGCAGGUCAUGAACUUCCACCAGGCGGAGGAGAUCGUGAUCUACCUCAAGGGCUCCAAGACGGACCAGUACAAUCAGGGCACUGUCCGCAACCAGUUCAGAAGCGGUGACGAGCUCUGUGUGGUGACCGCGCUGGCCAACUACCAGGCUAUGAAACCUGAACGUUUUGCAGGUGCUGAAGCAGAUCAGCCCUUGUUCAGAUUGGAGAAUGGAAAACCCUUGCAGAGGACCGACAUCCAGGGCCUGAUACAGUUGGCAGCGGUUGCAGAUGGUCAAUCUACGACGAGGUAUGGUUCGCACAGCUUGCGCAUUGGUGGCGCCACAGCCAUGUACCAGACCACCAAGGACCUGGACAUCGUGAAACGUUUUGGCAGAUGGAACUCCGACGCCUUCCACGGCUAUCUGUGGGAGUCGCACGAGCGCCAAAAGGAUCUGGCAAAAGGCAUGGCCAAAGCGGAUGGCCAACUACUUGCCCCCCGGAAGAACAAGGGGUUUGAGAAUUCGAAGAGUCUCAAUGAGAGGACGGUUUUUGAUGGAAAGGAAGCCGCACCAGCACCAAGGGAGCAGAUGGAGAAGAUCGGCUACGAUGGGACGAUGCAAGCUUUAGGCUCACCUGGCGACGAAGAGCGCAGGAUGCAUGGCUACAACGUCCAGAAGAUGACCGUGAAGAGCUCCAAGGUGCACAAGGUAGUGACGACGCUGAAUGCUGGACAGUGGGGCAUAGAUGAGGACUACACCUUGGAACUCGAUUGUUUCUUCGAGGCCAAGUGGCAAUGA